AUGAUGCUCCGAAGCCGCCACGCCACCCGCGCCCUCAGGGCCAUCAACACCGCCAGCGCUCCCCGCGCCUUCACCACCUCUCCCGCCGUUGCUGCUGUCCAGGCUGCUAAGAAGGUUUCUUCUGGCGUGAGGAAUCAGGCUACCGCUGCCUCUUCAGCUGCUCCUGAUAUCCGCGAAGCACCGGCACCUGCAUUCAAUGCCGACAAGGACCGCAGCCAUGUUCAGCCUCUUGUCAACUCCCGUGGUCCUGAGAUGGACGAGUCGUUCAUCGGCAAGACUGGUGGAGAGAUUUUCCACGAGAUGAUGUUGAGACACGACGUCAAGCACAUCUUCGGAUAUCCUGGAGGAGCUAUCCUUCCCGUCUUCGACGCCAUCUACAACUCGAAACAUUUCGACUUCAUUCUCCCCAAGCAUGAGCAGGGCGCCGGCCACAUGGCUGAGGGCUACGCCCGUGCCUCCGGCAAGCCUGGUGUCGUCCUCGUUACUUCCGGUCCCGGUGCGACCAACGUCAUCACCCCCAUGCAGGACGCCCUCUCCGACGGCACUCCCCUCGUUGUCUUCUGCGGUCAGGUCGUUACUUCUGCCAUUGGCAGUGACGCCUUCCAGGAGGCUGAUGUUAUCGGCAUCUCUCGCGCCUGCACCAAGUGGAACGUCAUGGUUAAGAACGUUGCCGAGCUCCCCCGCCGCAUCAACGAGGCCUUCGAGAUCGCCACCAGCGGCCGCCCUGGACCCGUCCUUGUUGACCUGCCCAAGGAUGUUACCGCCAGUGUCCUGAGGAAAGCCAUCCCCACCGAGACUGCCCUUCCUUCCCUCCCCAGCCAGGCUAGCAGAGCCGCCAUGGCUCUGCUCAACAAGCAGCUCGAGCAGUCCAUCCAGCGUGUCGCCGAUCUCGUCAACGUCGCUAAGAAGCCCGUCAUCUACGCCGGCCAGGGUAUCUCUCAGUCCGAAGGCGGUGUCGAGAUCCUCAAGGAGCUCGCUGAGAAGGCUUCCAUCCCUGUCACCACCACCCUUCACGGUUUGGGCUCCUUUGACGAGCUUGACGAGAAGUCCCUCCACAUGCUCGGUAUGCACGGCUCUGCCUAUGCCAACUCUGCCAUGCAGGAGGCCGACCUCAUCAUUGCUCUCGGUGCCCGUUUCGAUGACCGCGUUACCCUCAACAUUGCCAAGUUCGCCCCUGCUGCCAAGGCUGCCCACGCCGAGGGCCGUGGUGGUAUCGUUCACUUCGAGAUCAUGCCCAAGAACAUCAACAAGGUUGUUCAGGCCACCGAGGCUGUUGAGGGCGAUGUCGCCACCAACCUCCGCACUCUCUUGCCCCGUGUGCAAGCCAAGACAAUGGACAACCGCAAGGAGUGGUUCGACAAGAUUAGGGCGUGGAAGAAGAAGUGGCCCCUGUCUGACUACGAGAAGGCCGAACGCUCCGGCCUGAUCAAGCCUCAGACUGUCAUCGAGGAGCUCAGCAACUUGACUGCCGACCGCAAGGAGACCACCAUCAUCUCCACUGGUGUCGGUCAGCACCAGAUGUGGACUGCCCAGCACUUCCGCUGGAGGCACCCCAGAACCAUGGUCACCUCUGGUGGCCUGGGUACCAUGGGUUACGGUCUGCCCGCCGCUAUUGGCGCCAAGGUUGCUCGCCCUGAUGCCCUCGUCGUCGACAUUGACGGCGACGCUUCCUUCAACAUGACUCUCACCGAGCUUUCUACCGCUGCUCAGUUCAACAUUGGCGUCAAGGUCAUUGUCCUGAACAACGAGGAGCAGGGUAUGGUUACCCAGUGGCAGAACCUCUUCUACGAGGACCGCUACGCCCACACCCACCAGCAGAACCCCGACUUCAUGAAGCUGGCCGACGCCAUGGGCGUUCAGCACCGUAGAGUCAUCAAGCCCGAUGAGGUCGUCGACGCCUUGAAGUGGCUUAUUAACACCGACGGCCCCGCUCUUCUUGAGGUUGUCACAGACAAGAAGGUGCCCGUCUUGCCGAUGGUGCCUGCUGGAUCAGGUCUCCACGAGUUCCUGACAUGGGACGGAGGUCAGUAUUUCCUACAUUUCCUGCCAGUGAACGACAUGCUAACCCCCAUUGUAGCGAAGGACCUGAAGCGCCGUGAGCUGAUGCGCGAGAGAACAUGUGGUCGCCACGGCUAA